GAUGAAAGCGACAGGAGGACAUUUCAUUUUCACUUCAUCUUGUUUUCAAUACAGAGAUUUUACAGUUUUUGCUUGUCCUUUCUGGUCUUGUGUUGCUUGAAGAAAUCAACUUGGAUCCGUGAAAUCUGCAUUCCCAGAGCUAUCGUUUUCCCUUCCAACAUUUCAAUGCAUUUGUGUAUGGUUUGUAAUUGAGUUUUGUGAGAGCUAUGACUUCAGAGAGAGUUAAUUCCUUGGCGACGAUUGGCGAAGGUAGAGUGAGCAAUUUCUCUCUGGGUAGUUCAAGAAUCAGGUCUCCAGACAAUGUUGAAGUGGAUUAUGAUAGUGGACUUGAUGGUACGGGGUCACAGUCUGCGUGGGCUUUUCAAAGAGUGCCUCUUACUUCUUUUUCGAAACCUGCCCCUUCAAAAUGGGAAGAUGCGCAGAAGUGGAUAGCAAGCCCUGCAUCUAAUAUAUCAAAGAUCGAACUGGCUGAUCAAGGUGUUGGAUCACGAAAGCUAGUUCAUUUUGGACUCAGUAAUCAACAUCCCAUUAAGGUGGUUGUUGAAGUGCCUGAUCAGAGAUUAUUGACUACUGAGGAGCCAGAUACUAAAGGGAUUGACCGGAGUCAUGCUACUAAAGAGACUGGAGGGCAGAAGUCUGUUAGUUGGGAGGUUGGCCCGUAUCCAAGUGAAUCAUUUAGCAAGCCAGCGGUGAUUGAAAAUCGUGUAAAAGAAUCGAUUAACCUGAACCGCCACGAUUCAUCUGUUUCUAUCCAUGGUGCAACUGCAUUUAUUCCGCCACCAACUGCUAGAUCCAUAUCAAUGAGAGAUAUGGGCACAGAAAUGACUCCACUUGCUAGCCAAGAACCUUCCAGAUCUGGAACACCUGUGAGGGCAACAACUCCUACACGAAGCCCAACUCCUUCUCGACCAUCGUCUCCCGGAAGAGCUUCAACUGUUGUCGCUCCUAUUGAUCCUCAAACUGAUCCAUUGGGUUCUAACCAAAAAGAGUUGUCUGAAAAGGAGCUACAAGUGAAAACUCGGAGGGAAAUUAUGAAUCUUGGAACUCAACUGGGUAAGAUGAAUAUUGCCGCAUGGGCUGGGAAAGAAAAUGAAGAUAAGGAUGUUUCUAGUUCACAAAAUGCUCUACAAAGAGAACAACCAGCUUCAGGUGUCGUUGAAACUCGUGCAGAAGCUUGGGAAGUAGCUGAGAAAGCCAAGUAUAUGGCCAGGUUCAAUCGUGAAGAAAUCAAUAUACAGGCAUGGGAAGAUCAUCAGAAGGCAAAGACCGAAGCUGAGAUGAGGAAAAUUGAGGUGGAGGUGGAAAGAAUGAGAGCAAAAGCACAAGACAUAUUGAUAAACAAACUGGCAGCUGUACGUCGUAAAGCUGAAGAGAAGCUGGCUGCGGCAGAGGUGAAGAGAAACUGUCAUGCUGCUAAAACAGAACAGAAGGCAGAGUAUAUUCGCAAAACUGGUCGCUUUCCUUCUUCAUUCUCCUGCCACUGUUGGUGCUUCUGAACUGUUGCUCUAUUGUAUUUCUUUUUAUCGAACUACUGUCCAUAGUUCAUGGUAUUCAUGCGGUUGCGCUUCCUGCAUACCUUUUUCUAACUUUGUUUUAUAGCAUUUUGGGUAGUCUUUUUUGCAAUUCCCUUUUUGUAUAAAUCUCUUGUGACCAUUAAAUGGGCAAACCAGAGAUCGCUAAGGCGCCCUGUACUGUGAAAAUUGGAAUAUUGAACCUCCAUGAUAAUGGUAGUGGAUUAUUUGUUCAAGUACA